GGUUUUAAAAGCUAUUACUGUGUAGUUGAUAUGCGAAUAAUGAGAAAUUAAGUUAUUUAUUAGUGACGGUUUAGUGGAAUCUAAGGAAAAUGAGUUCACUUCUCUCUGCGGAACUUUCUGCAACCUGCAAUGCAUUGGGAACUUUCGACAAGAGAACUGGGAAGUAUUUGAUAGAUGACUAUACUCUUAAUACGGUAAAAGACUUAAUAAGAUACUUACGUCGCGAUGGUGAGGACCAUGAGAUUCGCAGACAUUUCGGACAAACAAAAGUGUUGCAAACUGAUCUGUUGCCUAUGUUGAUCGAUCACUGGGAGAAUACAGAACUAUUUGACGUUACUCUCAGACUUCUUGUUAACCUAACAAAUCCAGCGCUGUUGCUGUACAGAGAAGAAGUGCCAACUGAGCGAACUGCCAGACAUAAUUAUUUGCAAAUAUUACUUCAUUUGCAGUAUUAUAAAGAAGAAGCUUUCACCAAAGUUGAUACUUGGAAUGUUUUUGCAAAGAAACUGACUAAAAUCCUGGAAAUUGACUGGAGUGAACGAGACGAGGACACAGGCCUCAUUAUUGAGAGAAUACUAAUUCUGAUCCGUAAUGUGCUCCAUGUGCCUGCAGACUUGGACAAGGAACGGCGCCCGGAAAAUGAUGCCAGUAUCCAUGAUCAAGUAUUGUGGGCAUUAAAUCAAUCGGGCAUACUAGACAUAAUCCUGUACAUGUCGUCAGAAAAUGAAAAGCAAUACUUCAUGCACAUCCUAGAGAUCAUAUCCCACUUGCUACGUGAACAAAACCCGACCAGCUUGGCUGAUGCUGCAUUGCAGCGGAGUGCAGACGAGAAACUGAGGGAUGAACAAGAGUUACUUACGAUAAGGAUGUCGGAGAACAAACAGAGGCUGAAUAGAGUAAAGCAGUUCUCCGCUUCAAGGCAUUCUCGUUUUGGAGGUACUUACGUAGUCCAAAACAUGAAAUCUAUAUCGGACAAUGAAAUCAUCUGUCUGAAGCCAUUGAACAAGAUUUCCAAUCUAGACUUCAGUGGAGGUAAAAAGUCUAAAUUAGUGAAGCCAAAAAACCGCAGGCCGGCCGAAAGUGGCAUUAUGGAAAGAAGAUCAGCUUUCGCUAUUAGGUUAUUUUUGAAGGAAUUCUGCAUAGAAUUCUUAAACAGCGCGUAUAACCCUCUAAUGCACUACGUGAAGGAUGUGCUGGUGCGAUCCAAGGCCCAGCAAAACGACGAAUCUUAUUACUUGUGGGUCGUCAAGUUCUUCAUGGAGUUUAACAGGGGACAUGACUUCCAAGUUGGGUUGGUCAGUGAAACUAUGUCAGUUCCAAUAUUCCACUACGUCCAACAGCAAAUGGAGAAAUAUUACGACAUGAUAAAAGUAGAAAAGAAGAAAUUCGCAGUCUGGGUCCGUCGACUGCAUCUAGCCCUCCGGGCUUAUAAAGAACUUCUAAACACGCUACUGGCUAUGGAUAAGAGUACGGAUCAUACAGUCAAAGAGUCCGCUAAAGUACUGAAAAGCAACAUUUUCUACGUCUUAGAAUAUAGAGAGUUUAUUCUGACGACGUGUCUAAGUUACGACGAAAAUAAAAUGCCAAGGACUUAUCUCGUGGAUUUAGUAGAAACGGUCCAUUUAUUUUUGAAAAUGUUGGAACAUUACGUGAAGAAGACGGGACUAGUCGUGCAGAAAAAAGUGAAGAGGAAAGCGAAAUCAAAGAAAAAGAAGCGACCAGUAGAAAAGCCUCAACCGAGCCGAGUUGAAAUACCGGAAUGGGAGGAAUUGCGAGCGCAGUUGGCCGUUGUGCUCGCCGCCGGCGUUGAGGAGUGCCCGCCGCCGUUCGACGCCGCCUCCGACCAAACCAUCGACCAACAGAAGGAAACGUGCAUGAAGAACAUUCAAAAGCUGAUGCGGGAAUACAAAUUCGAGGACGCCGUCGGAAUGCUUCGCACCGCGAGAGAAGUGUGGCCGGAGGAAGGAAUAUUCGGCGCGAGCGACAUACAGCAAGAGGAGGAGUUAGAAAUGCUGGAGACCAUUUACGGGACCGAUUUAGGAGUGGAAGUACCAGAGGUGGUCGAGGAAAAUAAUGAAGAAAUUACGGACGACGAGGAAGAUGAAGAGGAAGAAGAAGAACGAAGUGCGGCCAUAGUUGAAACAGAUUUUGAUUUCAAUGAUUUUGUGCAAAGGUUCUGCAGCCCCAAAGUAGUAAGCGCAUGUGCGGCCCUUCUGGACGGCUACGAGAAGAACCUACCGCACACAAACCACUGCGUCACGAAGAUGCUACACAGGAUAGCGUGGGACUGCAAACGGCCCGCCAUGAUGUUCCAAGCGUCCCUGUUUCUGGUCUUUCAGAGGAUACUUAACAACCCUAUUCCUCAAUUUAAGGAGUUAGAAAAGUUCGCUAUAUUUAUACUAAGGAAAUUUACUGAAGUAGCGAAGAAAAAUCCCAAAGUUUUUAUUGAGCUUCUUUUUUGGACUAACUCGAAGGAUGCUAUCGAUAUAGAGUGCGGAUACGACCUCUACUCCGAUCAAAAGGAUAGAGUGGGAAAAGGAACGUGGAGCGAGGAACAGGAGGAGGAACUACGAAAUCUGUACAUGGAGAACCAGUCCAAUCCACAAACUGAUCAAGAUGUCAUCGACUGGAUCCUGGAGAACCUAAUCGACCAGACCCGAACUCGGCGAAGCGUCAUCAAGAAACUCAAAGAGCUGGGUCUCAUAUUCCGCGCUCCUACUAAAAAGAGCAAUAAAGAGCGAUAUAGGGAAAAAGUGCCUAAGGAAUUCAGUGAAGAAGAGGAUGAAAUGCUUAGGCAGCUUUGGGAAGAGUUUGGCGGUGCUACUGAUCCGAUGAUGUUAAUAAUGGGCCGUAUGCCUCGCAAUCGCCCGAAGCGAAGCUUCGUCGAAAGGAUGCUGGAGCUGGGUAUUAUACAGGACAAGAAGCAAUGUAGGAAGAAGAGGCAGAAGGGAAUGAAGAGUAACGGUGAAGAACGAGGCGAUAGCGAUAAUGAUAAGUCAAGUGAUUCUUCCUCCGAAUCUGCUCGCUCCGAUUCAGACUCCGACAGAUCUCGACCGUCGUCCCCCGUUACGAAGAAGCCGAUCAAGAAGACCGAGAGAGCCAAGGAAGCUCCGAAGAAAAAACCGGCGAAGAAACAGGUUCAACUCAGCGCCAGCGAAAUUGCCAAGUUAUUGGUCGGAGCUGUCGAAGCUGGUCUCACCGAACCUCUAAAGUGGGUAGCAGAAAGUUUAGAAGAAGUUGCACUGGACCAGGAAGCAGAAGGUUUCGACCCGACUAGCGAAGGCAUCCCACUACUCCCGCUCUCCAGCGACUGCCUGGAAGCCAUGGAAAACGAGCAAUUCAAGAAAGUGUUGAUGGGAAUUGGAAUCAUGCCGCCGAGUGAUGAGCAAGAAGCAUAUUGGAGGAUACCCAGCAGUCUCCAUUUCGAAACAAUAAGAAAAAGGCGCGAAAUUAUAAUCAAGGCUGUAAACAAAGAACUAAUAAUAGAUCCAGCGGACGAAACUGCCACCGAAAACGUACCUGAAGUCGCAAAUGACAAUGCGAACGCGGAAUCUAGUGAUGAUGACGAUUUGUUCGCUAAUUUGAGAAAGAUGAGAGAAAAUAAUAUUGAAACAGUGAAAAGUGCUCCAAGUACGGAAGUGAAAAUAAGGCAGAAGCGAAGUCGGAGCGUGGAUUCCGAGGAAUCAAAUAGCAGAGGGAAACUGCAGAGGAUCGAGGAGGAAGUGAAUGAUGACGGGGAGGACCUGCUGUCGUUUGCUAAGAAGACAUUGCAGACAGAACUGCCGGAUACGGAGGACUUUUUAAGUGGCUUGCCUAAAGCAGAUUCAGAUGACAGCGAAGAAGAAGAUCAGAUAGUAUUGCCGACAAACCGGGACAAGAAGAGGCGCAGAGUCAUCAUCGACGAUGACUCAGACUAACCAAUGACUAACCGACACGAUACUAGACCCUUUAGCACAACUUGGCUUGUCGCGCGCGAGCCGAUACAUCAAGCGCGACUUCAAGUAUGGACUCGCGCGCGACAAGUCAAAUUGAGGUAGAGGGGCAGUUGUAUCGCCCUUUAGACGUAGCCGUGGCUCCGGCCCAGGACUGGGUGUAAAAUAAAUAAGUUUUAAAGUUUUAUUUGCAAAUAAAUAACUAGAAACCAUCUGAUUCUUCCCACAUCUUAAACCUAAAGUUGUAAAGUCUGAUAAUGUAUAAGUAAGUGGCUUAUCCGUGUCGUGUCGUGUGUAAUUAUUAUUUCAUCAUUCAAUCCCACUAAAAUAUUAAUAAGGUCGUAAUAAUAGUGCACUCUUCCAGAUCCGGUAUUUAAAAAAAUAUUAGAAUUUUGUUGGCUGGCACUGUAUUGUUAAAAUUAUUUUGUUUCCAUUAAAUAUAAUGUCUGUAAAACAAAGCAAGAA